AGUGCAGUGUGGUUUUCUGAUUGUGCGAUUGAUACUACUUUCUACAUUAAAUAAACAAUAACAACAAUAAAAACAGUAAAGUGUCGUGGUUGUGUCAGUGCUGAAGUGAUAAAGAGAAACUAAAUCUAUCAACAAAAGGACGACAAGAAGGUACGCACCAAUUUCGUGAGUGCUCGAUCCAUUCUCUGGUGUACUCGCGUGUGCAACGGAAGUAUCCCUCUCAACCAGUGCGGUGUCUGUUCGUUAGUGCAGUGCUAUUCGCCUCAGUGCAUCGGCCAUCCGCCCAGUUGUGUCACAAGUGCAGUGUGGUUUUCUGAUUGUGCGAUUGAUACUACUUUCUACAUUCAAUAAACAAUAACAACAAUAAAAACAGUAAAGUGUCGUGGUUGUGUCAGUGCUGAAGUGAUAAAGAGAAACUAAAUCUAUCAACAAAAGGACGAAAAGAAGGUACGCACCAAUUUCGUGAGUGCUCGAUCCAUUCUCUGGUGUACUCGCGUGUGCAACGGAAGUAUCCCUCUCAACCAGUGCGGUGUCUGUUCGUUAGUGCAGUGCUAUUCGCCUCAGUGCAUCGGCCAUCCGCCCAGUUGUGUCACAAGUGCAGUGUGGUUUUCUGAUUGUGCGAUUGAUACUACUUUCUACAUUCAAUAAACAAUAACAACAAUAAAAACAGUAAAGUGUCGUGGUUGUGUCAGUGCUGAAGUGAUAAAGAGAAACUAAAUCUAUCAACAAAAGGACGACAAGAAGAUGUCCGACCAAGGACAGGGUCCGCCGAGGCCGUGGCACACGUGUGGACCUUCUUGCCGCGACCCCACGUGUCCAUGGCGCGGCCGUGAACAGCACCAGGAACAGCAGGCAGGACCAUCUACGCCAUGGCACUCGUGUGGACCAGCUUGCCGCGAUCCCACGUGUCCACGGCGUAUCCGAGAACAGCUCCAGCAACAGCAGGCAGGACCAUCUACGCCAUGGCACCCGUGUGGACCAGCUUGCCGCGAACCCACGUGUGCAUGGCGCGGCCGAGAACAGCUCCAGCAACAGCAGGCAGGCCCAUCUACGUACCGUCCAGCAGGUCAGCAGGCGUCGUGGUGGGAUACGAAUUCGACCGUUCAGGUGGUUCAGGCGCCAACCCCAAUCACACCAGGGCAGGUGGCGCCGAUGGUGCCGAUGGUGCCGAUGGGGCCGAUGACGCCGAUGCUGCCGGGUUCGCAGCCCCCACCGGGGCUACCGCUUCCGGCGUGGCGUCCGUACCAGCCGCCAAUGCCGGCUCCAAAAACGCCGCCAAUGCCGGCUCCAAAAACGCCGCCGAUGCCGGCUCCAAAAACGCCGCCCCUACUAACAUUGAAGCAGCGUGGACAACAGCUGCUGCGGCAGAUGGAGCAACAGGUUCAUCCGUGGUACCGCUACCAGGAGAUGUUGCACAGUCGGCGGGUACUGGUGCAGCACCAGAUGUAUUUGCUUGCGACGCUGGAACGGCACCACCAGCAACGCCGGCUAGAACAGCGCCUGGAGCAGCUACUGAUGAGCGGGAUCAACCUCACCAAUAACGAUCUACGCACUUCCGUUACAGAUGACGAAGACUCCGAUUGA